AAGCUUAAUCUGCUGGGCGCUCAGCCCAGCAGCCUGGCGUUGUUGGUGUGUUAGUGCAUUGUCGCAUGUAGCUGAGCCGGACUUCGUGCUUUGGGGAGGGGGGCUGCGGGGUAUCCACAGACCCCCCUCCAUGAGCCGAGGGCCGGCAGAAUCCCUGCAGGCCCAGCUGGCAUUGGAGAUUGUGAACCAGACACUGGAGAGCUGUGUCCUGGGACCGGACCAAGAGAAGAGCCUGAGUGUGCAGAACCCAGCCCAGGACCCCCAGGGUGCCAGCCAGCCUGCCUGUGUCAGGGAGAUCAUCACCCGCAACCUCUCCCAGCCUGAGAGCCCAGCCCCACUCCAGGUCCCAAAGAUGGCCUCGCUACUGUCACUGCAGGAGGAGAACCAGCUGCUUCAGCAGGAGCUGUCACGUGUAGAGGACCUGCUGGCCCAGAGUCGUGCGGAGCGAGAUGAGCUUGCAAUCAAGUACAAUGCUGUCAGUGAGAGGCUGGAGGAGGCUUUGCGGCUGGAGCCUGUGGAGCUGGAGACACAGGAGCCCAGGGGGCUGGUGCGGCAGAGCGUGGAGCUGCGGAGGCAGCUGCAGGAGGAACAGGCCUCCUACCGGCGCAAGCUGCAGGCCUACCAGGAGGGCCAGCAGCGGCAGGCCCAGUUAGUGCAGCGGCUGCAGGCCAAGAUUCUGCAGUACAAGAAGCAAUGCUCGGAGCUAGAGAAGCAGCUGUUGGACAAGUCCACUGAGCUAGAGCAGCAGCAACUGAGGGACACAGAACACAGCCAGGACCUGGACAGCGCCCUUCUGCGCCUGGAGGAGGAGCAGCAGAGAAGUGCCAGCCUAGUCCAGGUGAAUGCCAUGCUGAGAGAGCAGCUGGACCAGGCAAACAUGGCCAACCAGACUCUGAGUGAGGACAUUCGCAAGGUGACCAGUGAUUGGACCCGCAGCUGCAAGGAGCUGGAGCAGAGGGAGGCAGCAUGGAGGCGGGAGGAGGAGUCCUUCAACGCCUACUUCAGCAGUGAGCACAGCCGCCUGCUCCUCCUCUGGAGACAGGUCAUGGGGCUCCGACGGCUGGUCAGCGAGGUGAAGACGGGCACAGAGAGGGACCUACUGCAGCUGGGAGGGGAGCUAGUCCGGACAUCCCGGGCUGUCCAGGAGGUGGGCCUGGGACUGAGUGCCAGCCUGCAGAGGGCUGAGAGCCGGGCUGAGGCAGCUCUGGAGAAAGAAAAACUGCUGCAGGCCCAGCUGGAGGAGCAGCUACGGGCCAAGCUGCUCCGGGAGAAGGACCUGGCCCAGCUGCAGGUUCAGAGUGACCUGGACAAGGCCGAUCUGAGUGCCAGGGUGACAGAGCUGUCCCUGUCCGUGGAACACCUUCAGAACCAGAAUGCGGAGAAGGAUCAGGUCAACAGGACCCUCUCUGACAAAUUGGAGGCCCUGGAGUCUCUGCGGACCCAGGAGCAGGCGGCCAUGGACACUGAGGAUGGAGAGGGCCUGCAGCAGACCCUGAGGGACCUGGCACAGGCUGCCCUAUCGGACACAGAGAGUGGCGUCCAACUCAGCAGCUCAGAGCGCACUGGAGACACCUCUGAUGGCAGCCUGCGGGGGCUCUCCGGCCCGCGGACCCCGACCCCACCGCGGCACUUCUCCCCGGGUCGAGGCCGGUCCCCACGCCGAGGCCUGUCUCCAGCCUGCUCUGACUCCUCCACGCUCACGCUGAUCCACUCUGCCCUGCACAAGCGCCACCUGCAGGUCCAGGACAUGCGUGGGCGCUAUGAGGCCAUCCAAGACCUGCUGGGCACCGUGCGCAAGCAGCUCAGCGAUAGCGAGGGUGAGCGGCGCGGCCUGGAAGAGCAGCUCCAGCGCCUGCGGGACCAGACGGCCGCCACAGCUCGGGCCCAAGAGGACGCACAGCGAGAGGCCCAGCGCCUACGCAGCGCCAACGAGCUCCUGAGCAGGGAGAAGGGCAGCCUGGCCCACAGCCUGCAGGUGACCCAGCAGCAGGCUGCGGAGCUGCGCCAGGAGCUAGAAAAGCUGCAGGCUGCCCAGGAGGAGCUGAGGCGGCAGCACACCCAGUUGGAGGAGGAGCAGGAGGACACGAUGCAGGAGGGCGCCCGGGCCCGCAGAGAGCUGGAACGCAGCCAUAGGCAGCUGGAGCAGCUGGAAGUGAAGCGCUCAGGGCUAGCUAAGGAGCUGGUGGAGGUGCGGGAGGCUCUGAGCUGCGCCAUACUGCAGAGGGACGUGCUGCAGACAGAGAAGGCUGAGGUGGCUGAGGCGCUCACCAAGGCCGAGGCUGGCCGAGCGCAGCUGGAGCUCUCCAUGACCAAGCUGAGGGCAGAGGAGGCCUCACUGCGAGACUCCCUGUCCAAGCUGGGUGCCCUCAAUGAGAGUCUCGCUCAGGACAAGCUGGAGUUAAAUCGCCUUAUUGCCCAGCUAGAGGAGGAAAAGGCGGCGCUCCUGGGCCGACAGCAGCAGGCAGAGCAUGCCACCACACUGGCUGUGGAGGAGCAGGGACGGUUGGAGCAGCUGAGGCUGGAGCAGGAGGUGGAGCGGCAGGGCCUGGAGGGCUCCCUGUGUGUGGCUGAGCAGGCCCGGGAGGUGCUGGAGCAGCAGCAACUUGCACUGCGCAGUGAGCGCAGUCAUCUGCAGGAGCAGUUGGCCCAGCUCUCCCGGCAGCUGAGUGGACGGGACCAGGAGCUGGAGCAGGCCUUGCGGGAAUCACAGCGGCAGGUGGAGGCACUCGAGCGCUCAGCCCGGGAGAAGGAGGCUCUGGCCAAGGAGCGGGCUGGCCUGGCUGUGCAGCUGGCAGCAGCAGAGCGUGAGAGCCGGACCCUGUCAGAGGAGGCCAUUCGCCUACGCUUGGAGAAGGAAGCCCUGGAGAGCAGCCUGUUUGAUGUGCAGAGGCAGCUGGCUCAGCUUGAGGCCCGCCGGGAGCAGCUAGAAGCUGAUGGUCAAGCCCUGCUGCUCGCCAAGGAAACUCUGACUGGUGAGCUUGCAGGCCUGCGGCAGCAGGUAACAGCCACCGAAGAGAAAGCGGCCCUGGACAAGGAGCUGAUGACCCAGAAGCUAGUGCAAGCCGAGCGGGAGGCGCAGGCCUCUCUGCGGGAGCAGCGGGCAGCCCAUGAGGAGGAACUUCAGAGACUCCAGCGAGAAAAGGAGUCUGCAUGGCGGGAGCUGCAGGCAGAGCGGGCCCAGCUGCAGGGCCAGCUACAGCAGGAGCGAGAGGAGCUGCUGGCAAGGAUGGAGGCUGAGAAGGAGGAGCUGAGUGAGGAGAUCGCUGCGCUGCAGCAGGAGCGGGACGAGGGCCUGCUCCUGGCCGAGAGCGAGAAGCAGCAGGCCUUGUCCCUGAAGGAGUCUGAGAAGACUGCGCUGUCUGAGAAACUGAUGGGGACCCGGCACAGUCUGGCUGCCAUCUCUCUGGAGAUGGAGCGGCAGAAGCGAGAUGCCCAGAGCCGGCAGGAACAGGAUCGGAACACAGUGAACGCCCUGACGUCUGAACUUCGAGACCUCCGGGCCCAGCUGGAGGAGGCCACUGCAGCCCAUGCCCAGGAGGUGAAGGAGCUUCAGGAGCAGACUGGGAAUCUGGGCCGGCAGCGGGAGUCCUGUAUGCGCGAGGUAGAGGAGCUGAGGACCCAGCUGCGGUUGCUGGAGGACACCCGUGAUGGGCUACGGCGGGAGCUGCUGGAGGUGCAGCGCAAGGUUCGGGACAAUCAGGAGGGCUGUGAUGCCCAUUGCCGGGAGGCCAGCGAGCUGCGGCGCAGUCUGAGUGAGGGCACCAAGGAACGCGAGGCCCUGCGGCGUUCCAACGAGGAGCUGAGGACUGCUGUGAAGAAAGCCGAGAGUGAGCGCAUCGGUCUGAAGCUUGCCAAUGAGGACAAGGAACAGAAGCUGGCCCUCCUAGAAGAGGCUCGCACGGCUGUGGGCAAGGAGGCUGGAGAGCUGCGGGCCUCGCUGCAGGAUGUGGAGCGGUCCCGGCUGGAGGCUCGGCGUGAGCUGCAGGAGCUUAGGCGACAGAUGAAGAUGCUGGACAGCGACAAUGUCAGGCUGGGCCGGGAGCUGGCAGAGCUGCAAGGCCGCAUGGCCCUGGGCGAGCGGGCAGAGAAGGAGAGCCGGCGAGAGGUGCUGAGCCUGCGGCAGAAGCUGCUGAAGGGCGAGAGCAGCCUGGAGGCCUUGAAGCAGGAGCUCCAGGGAUACCAGAGGAAGCUGCAGGAGCAAGAGGCCGAGUUCCGAGCGCGUGAGCGAGGCCUGUUGGGCUCCCUGGAGGAGGCGAGAGGCUCGGAGAAGAAGCAGCUGGACACAGCUCGCAGCCUGGAGCUGAGGCUGGAGGCGGUGCGGGCCGAGACCUCGGAGCUGGGGCUGCGGCUCAGCGCGGCCGAGGGCCGGGCCCAGGGCCUGGAGGCCGAGCUUGCCCGAGUGGAUGCCCAGCGGAGGGUGGCCGAGGCCCAGCUGGGCGGCCUGCGUUCCGCCCUGCGCCGGGGCCUGGGCCUGGGCCUGGGCCGAGUGUCCAGCUCGCCAGUGCGGGAGGCUCCCAGCGGUGGUGGCGGGAGCGGGAAUGGUCUCAGCAGCCCCAGUCCUUUGGAAUAUAGCCCUCGGUCCCAGGCACCAUCUCCAGGGCCCAUCACCUCCCCAGCACCUCCAGACUUGGACCCAGAGGCUGUGCGUGAUGCCCUCCGAGACUUUCUGCAAGAGCUGCGGAGUGCCCAGCGGGAGCGGGAUGAAUUUAAGGUCCAGACCAGCACCCUGAGUCAACAGCUGGCUGAGGUGGAAGCAGAGAGAGACCGUGCAGUCUCAAGGGCCAAGCAGCUGCAGAAGGCGGUGGCUGACAGCGAGGAAGCCUGGCGCAGCGCAGACAGGCGGCUGAGCGGAGCCCAGGCAGAGCUGGCCCUUCAGGAAGAGAGUGUGCGGCGUAGCAAGCGGGAGUGCAGGGCUACGCUGGACCAGGUGGCAGUGCUGGAGAGGAGCCUGCAGGCCACCGAGAGCGAGCUCCGAGCCAGCCAGGAGAAAGUCAGCAAGAUGAAGGCCGCCGAGGCAAAGUUGGAGAGCGACAAGCGGCGGCUGAAGGAGGUGCUGGAUGCCUCCGAGAGCCGUUCCAUCAAGCUGGAGCUGCAGCGGCGUGCUCUUGAAGGCGAGCUGCAGCGCAGUCGCCUCGGCCUGGGUGACCGAGAGGCCCAUGCUCAGGCCCUCCAGGAUCGAGUCGACUCUCUGCAGAGACAGGUGGCGGACAGCGAGGUGAAGGCAGGGACCUUGCAGCUAACGGUGGAGCGGCUGAAUGGGGCACUAGCCAAGGUGGAAGAGAGCGAGGGGGCCCUGCGGAGCAAGGUGCAGAGCCUGACAGAUGCCCUGGCCCAGAGCAGUGCCAGCCUCACCAGCACCCAGGAUAAGAAUCUGCACCUGCAGAAGGCCCUGAGCACCUGUGAACAUGACCGCCAAGUGCUCCAGGAACGGCUGGAUGCUGCCAGACAGGCCCUGUCUGAAGCUCGGAGGCAAAGCAGCUCCCUGGGUGAACAGGUGCAGACUUUGAGGGGUGAGCUGGCCAACCUGGAGCUACAGCGGGGUGAUGCUGAAGGCCAGCUGCAGCAGCUGCAGCAGGCGCUGCGACAGCGGCAGGAGGGCGAGGCCAUGGCCCUGCGCUCUGUCCAGAAGCUUCAGGAGGAGCGGCGGCUGUUGCAGGAGCGUCUGGGCAGUCUGCAGCGUGCGCUGGCCCAGCUGGAGGCUGAGAAGCGUGAGGUGGAGCGGUCAGCGCUGCAGCUCGACAAGGACCGUGUGGCACUUAGGAAGACGCUGGACAAGGUGGAGCGGGAGAAGCUUCGAAGCCAUGAGGACACGCUUCGGUUGAAUGCAGAGAAGGGCCGCCUGGACCGCACACUCACGGGGGCUGAGCUGGACCUGGCCGACGCCCAACAGCAGGUCCAGCAUUUGGAGGCACAGGUGGUAGCCCUGGAGCGGAACCACAAACCGGUCCAGCUGGAGGCAGACCAGCAGCAACUGGAGCUACAACAGGAGGUUGAGCGCCUGCGCAGUGCCCAGGUGCAGACGGAGCACACACUGGAAGCACGGGAGCGAGCCCACCGCCAGCGAGUCUCUGGGCUGGAGGAGCAGGUGUCCGUGCUGAAGGCACAGCUGCAGCAGGGGCUUCGAAGGCGCUCAGGAUCUGUCUCCCCACCCUCUGGCACCUCAAAGACAUGAGCCCCUUCUAGCUGGCAUCCUGAGCAGAGUCCCCUGGGCACGAGAGAAGGGCCCUUUGUAGCACAGCCUGCUGUCUGAGGAAGCCGGGGUGGCAGAGAUGAGGGGGCCACGGUAGCCAGGGUCACACAGGUGGUCAGAGUUGCUACACCACCUGUGCCACCCCAGGCCCUCUCCUAGAAGAGCCUGCUGAUGGCCCAAGGCUCUGCUGCUGGGCUGACCCUGCCACGCUCAGGGAGAGAGCUUGUUUCUGCCAGCAGUGGAGCAGAGCUUCCCCCGAAAGGACACCUAAGCAGGGCCCCUCUGGGGAGCUCGCCCUUGGGUUCUUUUAGGAAGCUCCUUAGGAAGCUUAGAGCCCUUGUAUUUUUGUACCUUUUUAUGAUGUUAACUGUGGAGAACUCCUAUGCUUUUUGUAACAUGACCUGUUUU